AUGUUAUGCAAUAAACGCGGACAUAGAGACAUUGCUGCAACAUUGCAGGAAAGUUGCAGCCACAUUGCGCAACAUAAUCGCAAUGUUGCCAAUGUUGCAGAUUUACGUUGCUGCAACGUUGUAGCAACGUUUCGGUGCUCGCCACCUAUGCUGAAUGCAUCAGAACUGUCAGUUCUUUCUUGUGUGUUACUAGUCUUAAGACCGCUCGUAGCUGCUACUAAAGAAGUUUCUGGAGACAGGUACUGCACAAGCAGCAAGGUGAUUCCGUUAGUUCAUUGCUUAGUUUUAAACAUCCAACCUCUCCAAUUGAAAGACACACUUGCCAAUGAAUUGAAAUCGUUUGUGCUUAAUGAAAUUGAAAAAAUAAUGGGCGCUAUCGAGAGAGUAACUUCACUCGCGAUAGCAACUGUAUUGGAUCCCAGGUAUAAAAAAAUUCACUUAAGAGACGCACUUCCUUGCUCUACAGCAGUCGCAAAAAUUAAAGACUUUAUAAAAAAUACUACACAAAAUGUCGAAAUGUCCGAAUCAGAUUCUGAUCAAUCUGAAAAACAAGAAGAGAGAUUUUCCUUAUGGGAUAAUCAUCUCAUUCUAGUAAGCAAGAAUUGGAAAUCAUCACAAUCAGAUGAUGCAAUUUCUGAUGAAUUAUCAAUCUACUUGCGUAGUCCAGUAGCGGGAAGGCUCAAUGAGAAUCCUUUAGAGAUUUGGCAAGAUCUAAAAAUUCAAUUUCCAAACCUUUGUAAGGUUGCCUUCAAAUACUUAACUAUUGUCGGAACUUCUGUUCCAUCGGAACGUUCAUGUUCAAAGACUGCUCAAAUACUUAAUCGACAAAGAAAUAGAAUGAAAGGUAAAAGAUUAAGUAAACUUUCAUUUUUGCAAAGUUUGUCUGCAGAGCAUUGGUCUUAA